AUGAAAGUUGGAUAUCGCCCUGACUUAACACACAGAACAAUGACUGAACGCGUUGAUCUCCAGAAGAGAUUAAAGCGAUGCCAAAAGAAGAUCGUUCAAAUAAUGCCCUAUCUUGGCAAGAUUAUCCGAGGUCCAAUAACAAAACAAAAGUUAUUAGACUUUAUUCAAUUUGUCAACGCCCCAAUGCUUAAGAAGCUCGACAGAAUGGCAAUGCGCCAAAAACCUGCAUUGAUUUGCUGGUUAUCUGAAAACUGGGAUUCUUUCGAGCAUGCAUUUAACCAAACUCCAGAACCAAAGCCAGUUAUAGAAAAGAAACCAGUUAUUGAAGCAGACAUUGAUUCAAUCUUUACAAAGAUUGAUUCCGAACCAGUUUUAUUGAUUGAUUACUCAAUGCCAGGAGGACUUCAAUGCGUUCUCUGA